ACGUCCGUAGUCGUUAUAAUAGCGAGUUGAGGGAAGGAGGCCGACGACCGAGAGGGGAACGACGAAUUUGCCUGUGCAUCCCAUGAUGGCCGUUACCGAAACCGCCAACGGUGUCGAUCUGGCGGCGUGCUCGCCGCCAUCCGCCGGCGAUCUCGUCCGCGCCGAAGAACCUGCCUCCCACAAGACCAGGGAUCUCGCGGACGACGACCACGCCGCCGCCAUCGACGGUCUCCCCACCCUCCGUCCCCACCACGACGCUUCCGCCGCCUCGGGCUUUCUCGUGAAGGAUCAGAAGUUCCACCGCGCCUCCGAUCGGGGGUCGGCUGAGCUGGAGCAACUGCCCGAUGGAGUCGCUGGCGGCGGCGCGGAGGGGUCCAAGCGGGAGCUGAGGGAUCUGGAGGAUCUUCUGUCGAAGCUGAACCCGAUGGCGGAGGAAUUCGUUCCACCUUCCAUCGCUGGCAAUAUACAGGCCGCAUCCGACGGAGCCGGCGGCGUCGCCUUUGGUGGUGGCCUAUACGCGAACGGAUUUGGAGCGAGCCAGGGUUUCGAAGCUGGCGGCGCUAACGGGGACGAUGGAAGCCGGAUGAAGAACGGAUUCGGUCAGGCGAAGCGCCGGAUGAAUAAUCGUACGAGUUUGGCACAGCGAGAAGAGGUGAUUAGAAGAACUGUAUACGUUGCAGAUAUAGAUCAUCAGGUUACUGAAGAAGAUCUUGCAGCACUUUUCAUCAACUGUGGACAGGUUGUUGACUGUCGCAUGUGUGGGGACCCAAAGACUGUUCUUCGUUUUGCUUUCAUAGAGUUCACUGAUGAGGAGGGUGCAAGAGCUGCUUUAAAUCUGUCAGGGACCAUGCUUGGGUUUUACCCAGUUAAAGUGCUUCCUUCAAAAACUGCAAUUGCACCUGUCAAUCCUACAUUUUUGCCAAGGUCCGAUGAUGAACGCGAGAUGUGUUCAAGGACUAUCUACUGCACAAAUAUUGACAAGAAGGUAUCUCAAGCUGAUGUUAGACUCUUCUUUGAGUCUAUAUGUGGAGAGGUUUACCGAUUAAGACUUCUUGGAGACUAUCAUCAUUCCACUCGAAUUGCUUUUGUUGAGUUUGUAAUGGCUGAGAGUGCAACUGCUGCUCUGAACUGUAGCGGGGUUGUCUUGGGAUCUUUACCAAUAAGGGUGAGCCCCUCCAAGACCCCUGUGCGCCCACGUUCAAAUCGCCGACCAAUGCACUGAACCAUAUGGUUUCAAGUUGUGUGCAUGACAGCCAUAUUAUACCGGACACAUAUAUGUACAAAAAUAUUUAAGAUAUAUUCUGGUUUCAGAGUUAAUUUAGGUAGCAUUUCCCUUGUUCUUUCUUCUCUUUUCUCCAAGGGAGAGGCGAGGAGACAUUUAUCUGGCACAUAGUGACACUGAAAGUGUUUGAUUACUUGUGUAUUUUGCCUACUCCAAGAAAGCUGAGAGAAAGCUCCAAAGAUUUAUUUGGUCAGAAUGGUUGAAGUGAA